AGGAGGAGGAGGGGGGGGAGGGGGCAACCUGCCGCCAGGAGGAGGAAUACCAGCAGACCAGACCACUCUGCACCCCCCACAACUACCUUACAGACCAAAGCUCGAUCCCGGCCAGUGUCCCAAGGACAUCGAGUUCCUGCGCCGUCCCGAGCUUGGCCUGACCCACAACAUCCUCUACUCGCGCCGCUGCAUCAAACCCAUCUACAAGGCCGACUUCGACCGCGACACCAUCACCAACAUCACCGGACCGCUCGUAACCAACACCACCGCCAUCGACCUCACCUCGUGCUCCCACGAUGAGCCCAUCCCCUGCGAGCCGCUCUCCCUCGAGGUGCCCAUGCCCUACCCCAAGGACGCCCAAUACCCGCACCUGCUCUUCGGCGUAGCCUCCAAGUACGAGCGCAUGCGCGAAGCCAUCCCCGCCUUUGCCCACUGGCUAGCCGGCACGGGCGCCCGUCUAGUCGGCACCAUCGCCGACGCCGUGCCGCCCGAGCACCAAGACGACAGCACCAAGAACUCGUUCAACCUGACCUUACUCGAAGAGGAAUACCGCGCCGCCGGCAUCCUCGCCACCUUUCUUCCUCCCAAGAUCUUCAAGCGCCUGAACCUCAAAGACGGCAAGCCCGACCCUCGUCCCGUGCCCGUCGAGCACCACCACUUUCUUCUCAUCAAGGAACUCCUCUCCGUCAUCGACUCCUCCCAGUCCUCCCAGUCUCAGCAAGCAACCCCGCACUGGCUCGCCAUCCUAGACGACGACACCUUCUUCCCCUCCCUUUCCCCCCUCUCCCACACUCUCUCCCAACACGACCACACCCGCCCCGCCUGGCUCGGCGCUCUAUCCGAUGACUUCAUGGCCGUGCAAGUGUGGGGCUUCAUGGCCUUUGGCGGCGCCGGCUCCUUUUUAUCUUUGCCCCUAGCGCGCCAACUCGCUCCCCACUUGGAGGAAUGUAUCACCACUGCCUCGAUCCAAACCGGCGACGGGAUCCUGCGGGAUUGCAUCUACUCGCACACGCGCACAAGACUGACACUGGUGGAGGGGCUGAAUCAGCAUGAUAUCAAGGGGGACGCGUCGGGUUUUUUCGAGAGCGGGGUCUGGCCGGUGUUGAGUCUGCAUCAUUGGAAGAGCUGGUAUCAGGCGCCUGUCGAAAAAAUGGCGAGGGUGGCGAGGGAUGUUUGUGGGGGGUGUUUUUUGAUGAGGGUUCGGUUUGGGACUGGAUCUACCUCCGAAAAGAAGAAGAGGAAAGAGGAGGAGAGUUUGUUGAGUCUGGGGUAUUCGAUCACGCAAUACCCCGGUUUGGAAAACGGGUUGGAUGAUAUUGAUCUGUCGAGGGUGGAGGGGACGUGGGACGAGGCGGGACGGAAGGAGAAGUUUGCGUUUAGUUAUGGACCCGUGAGGAGGAGGUUGGAGAAGGGGAGGGAGAAGAAGAGUUGGAGGUUGGUGGAUGUUGAUGUUGCGGAGGAAGACGACUCAUCAACAACGGGGUCACAGUCACAGUCAACAAUGACGACGACAACGAAGACACAGAGCGGAGGGGAAAAGGAAGGCAGGGGGUGGACAGCACAAAAGAAGGGUAAGAAGAGGUUCAGGCAAAUUUAUGUGCACAAAGCUGCUGGACCGGCGGUGGGCGAGAGUAUGGAUGAGGUUAUCGAGUUGGUUUGGGAGAUUUGAAAUCUUGAUUGCUCCCAAGGUACAACAUGGGACAUAUGGGAAGGUGGGGGAUGAUGUGAUAUAUAGAAGGACUGUACAAUUUCUGUUUGGGCUACGCAUUAAGGGCACGGGGAUUUCAUUUGGUUGGUUUGGGAUCAUCUGUCGGUCGGUCGAAUGGCGGUAUAGGGGUAUGCCGAACGGCUACAUGAUAUCAUGGAAGGCGGCGUUUUCAAGGAAUUGUUCAUUUCAAUGUACGUGUAUAUAACUCCUUUCGGAUGGGUCGAUAACCCUGAAAGGCUCUCUAUAAAGAGUUGAAAGUCAAGGCAACUCGGUCCCCUAGAUAACUUGAUGUGCGGAUGUGACAAGAC